CACUGCCUACUACUGUUGAGACCGUCAUGAACUGGUUGACAACUAUUGCGUCGAUUGGAAUGGCUGUCGGACCCCCACUGACAUAUGUGGACCAAGCAUACUCUAUUGUUCGCAAGAAGGACUCGACUGGUUUCUCUCGAGAUGUCUGCGCUAUUCUACUGAUCGCAAACAUAACAAGAUGUUUCUUCUGGCUGGGGAAUCAUUUUGAAAUCGCUUUGCUGGUGCAGUCGUUUCUACUUAUCUUUUCCCAGCUUGCGCUGCUCUACAUCUGCAUCAUCUAUCGCCCCAAAACCAGCGCAGAGGUUCUUGGAGGAUCGAAAAGACCACUUUCUUUCUGGCAGUGGCCGACCUACAUACAGCACCUUGAGUUUCUGGCCGGCCUGAUCAUCCUACAAGCUAUACUUUUUCUGGUAUUUGGUCGGUUUGAACUCUAUGUCUCUCUCCUGGGCUUUCUCGCUCUCGGUCUCGAAAGCACGUUACCUAUUCCUCAAUUGAUUAGCAACUACAAGCAACGCUCUCUCUAUGGCUUCAGAAUGUCCACUCUUGUCGGAUGGGCCGGUGGAGAUCUGUUCAAAACUGCGUACUUUUUCAUGAAAGCGACCCCAUUACAAUUUACAAUCUGUGCUGUGUUCCAGUUGUCUGUGGACUUCGCCAUCGUCAUUCAACGUAUCGUGUACGGUGUUGAUCCUCCGCCCACAGUGCUUGCGGAUGAUGAAGAUUUGGAACAAGCACUCGCGCUCGCGGAAGAAUAGAAACCGGGACAUGGCUAGGAUGAGUAACUAAUAGAUAAAUCAUUACAAGUGUCGUUCGUUCUACGAUUGUCCCAUCGAAUGUACGAGACGAGGUGCAUUGAUCCCGGAUUCAAUUCAUGACCGACUUUCUGAUUACCGUCCAUGGUGUGGACCGGACUCAGUUUGAGAUAGAGGAAUGACUCUUCAGACGCGCG